UUGGCACCGGGGCCGGGAAGGGCAAAGCCCAGAUGCCAGACACGCCAAGGCACAAAUUCAGCGCUGUCCCCACCCCCGGAGGCAGGGCUCCGAUCCCCUCCCAUCCUCCAGGGCGCAGCCGAGCCCAGCCGCUCCGAGCAGUGGAACCUGCUGGCAGUCGCGGGCUGGAUCCGUCCUGCUGACAGGUGCGGCUGGGCUGGGUGGGAGCGAUGGAAGGAGAGAGCCCAGGCUGGGACCUCCUUCCCUCAUCACUGCUGGGAGCCAUGACUGCCCCGGACUCCUGGGUCCCCUUCCGGCUGGUCCUUCAGCUCAGCCUCUACCUGCUGACCAUCAUGACCCUCUCCACCUUCCUCCACCUAAGCAGCCGGUUCCCCUCCGCAUGGCAGCGGCUCCCCUCCCCGAACACAACAAAGGGGUCCCCAGCUACGUCCCCCACCACAACGCCCCCAACAGAGCGGGGCAUGUGGACCGUGAACUCCAUCGGGCGCCUGGGGAACCAGAUGGGGGAAUACGCCACCCUCUACGCCCUGGCCAAGAUGAACGGGCGCCAGGCCUACAUCCUCCCGGAGAUGCACCGGCAGCUGGCGCCGCUCUUCCGCAUCACCCUGCCCGUGGUCUCCAGCGACGUGGUCCGGAGCGUCCGGUGGAGGAAUUACGGGCUCCACGACUGGAUGUCGGAGGAGUACAGGCACAUCAAGGGGAAAUACGUCCGGCUGACGGGCUACCCCUGCUCCUGGACCUUCUACCACCACCUCCGGCAGGAGAUCCUCCAGGAAUUCUCCUUCCACGACCACGUCAAGGAGGAGGCCAACCAGUACCUGGCCGGGCUGCGUGGGCAGCGCCGGAACGUGACCUACGUGGGCGUCCACGUCCGGAGGGGGGAUUACGUCCGGGUGAUGCCACAGAUCUGGAAGGGGGUGGUGGCGGACAAGGCCUACCUGGAGAAGGCCAUGGGCUACUUCCGGGACAAGUACAAGGAGCCGGUCUUUGUGGUGACCAGCAACGGGAUGGAGUGGUGCCGGGAGAACAUCAACGCCUCGCAGGGGGAUGUGUAUUUCUCAGGGGACGGGAAGGAGUCGUCGCCGGGGAGGGACUUUGCUCUCUUGGCCCAUUGCAACCAUACGAUCAUGACCAUCGGGACCUUCGGCAUUUGGGUCGGCUACCUGGUCGGUGGGGAGACUGUCUACUUGGCCAACUACACCCUGCCCGAUUCCCCCUUCCUCCGGCUCUUCAAGCCUGAGGCCGCCUUCCUGCCCGAGUGGAUUGGGAUCAACGCCGAUCUCUCCCCACUGCGGGGUGGGACAUAGGGGCAGAUAGGAUCCAGCCUGCAGGCCACCAGCAGGAUCAGUGGGCCAGCCCCCAGCUGGGGUAGGCAGUCCUGGGGAGUUUAGGGGGCAUCAGCAUGGACCUUGGUCAAGCACGGGGGGGAGGGGAGAAUCAAGACAAUGUGGGUUGGUUCUGCCAACCUUCUCCUAGGAGUCACCAAAUGGGUCCAUCAUGAGGUUGAAUGGUUAAAACUUGCUCCUCGGCCAGCUCUUUUAAAACUCUUGGCUGUAAGUUAUUUGGACCUGCUGAUUUUAAGAUGUCUCACUUUGAUAGCUGCUGUUCAGCCACCUCCUGAGAUAGGAGCAGAAUGGAAAGAGCAUUAUCGUCACCAUCUGAUAUGGCAUCAUCUGUUUUUUCCUCCCAAACACAAAACAAAAAUAUUUAUUGAACAAUUCUGCCUUUUCUGCAUUAUUGAUAAUUCUACCAUUUCCAUCUAAAAUGGACCAAUAGCAUUGUCAGGAUUCCUUUUGUUCCUAAUAUACAUUAAAAAAACCCAGCCUCCUUAUUGUCCUCAA